AUGGCUUUCAAAUUCGUAGCUUUCGCCGCUCUCUUGGCCGCCGCCAAUGCCGGACUCAUCAGCAGCCCCUACCACGCUGCCCCCGCAGCUCCUUUGGCUUACGCCGCCCCAGUGGCCAAAUACGCCGCCCCUCUUGCCAUAGCCAAGACCGUAGUUCAAGAAGAAUACGACCCACAUCCACAAUACAACUACGGCUACGAAGUACAAGACGGUUUGACCGGAGACAGCAAGUCCCAACACGAAUCUCGUGACGGAGACGUAGUACAAGGAAGCUACUCCCUCAUCGACGCCGAUGGCCACAAACGUACCGUCCACUACACCGCUGACCCAGUCCACGGAUUCAACGCUGAAGUCACCAGGGAACCACUCGGAGCCAAGGCUGUAGCUCCAGUCGUUGCUAAAGUAGCCGCCCCCUUGGCUUACGCCGCUCCAGUUGCCAAGAUCGCCGCCCCUCUUGCCUACUCUGCUCCAGCCGUUGCUAAAGUAGCCGCUCCAUUGGCCUAUGCCGCCCCAGUUGCCAAGAUCGCUGCUCCUCUUGCCUACUCUGCUCCAGCUGCCCACUCUUACUACCACUAAAUUAGACUGAUUAUGUUAUUUAUUUAUUUAUUCAAAUAAAAAAGCAAAUUUA